AUAAUUUAUGCAAAUUAAAUAUCAAGCCAUCAUUCUUGGAGGUGGAGAGAAAGCAGGAUCGAUGCUCUUUCCACUCUGCUAAAGUUUUUCAAAAAGUCUUUUACCUAUUAGCAAUAAACCUAUGAUUCUCUACUAAUUAGAUGUAUUAGAAACAGCUGGAUUUGGCCCUCAAGACAUUUUAAUUUUGAUAACCAAAAAUCAUUAACCUGUUGCUGAUUUUGUUUAAAGAAGAGCAGAAAUAUUUUAUGUUAGUGAUGAUUCUGAAUCGGCAUCCGCAUUAUUGGAAGCAUAAGAAAAAAUUAAAAAAGAUUUCAUUCUUCUUUCUAAUGACAUAAUGAUCGGUGCAAAAAUACUUGAUUUACUUGAUUUUCAUUAUUCACAAAAAGCAACAGUCACAUGUUUAGUUAAAGAAGAAGACUUAGAAAAAAAGUAAGGGAGAGGUCCAAUUUCUAGCAAUUUAGACAAAUCCUUCGAUAUAAUGUUUAUUGGUUCAGAUAAUAGUUUGUUACACCUCACUAAUUAAGAAAAUGAGAAUCAAGUAAAUCUUAAAGUAAGUAAAAAUGUUCUCCUAAGUUGUGAGAGUGUACAAGUAAUGACUAACUUGUUUGAUACUCACAUUUAUGUUUGCUAAUAUGAUGUUUUAGAAUUGUUAAAAUAACUUAGUAAAUAAAAAUUAGAAAUUGAAAAUUGGAAAGAAGAAUUCUUACCUUUUAUUAUAAAACAUUAAAAAAAUGUUAAUUUACUAAAUUUAAUAUCAAAAAAGGAGUAAGGAUUAUUUCAUGAGAGAAAAUAAUAGCAAUUUUCAAUAAAGGUCUUUAUUACUUAGGAAUAUGCAAGAAGAGUAAAUAAUAUUAAAGAUUAUCAACAAGCUAAUUUUGAAAGUAUGAUUUAAGGAGAAAAAGCAAUUCCUCUUUAUCAAGGAAUCCAAGAUUUUCAAAAUUAAAUUUAAUUCCCAUAAGAUGCUCGUAUCAGUCCUGAUAGUGUCAUCGGAGAAGGAACAAGAAUAGGGAAUAAGGUAACAAUAUAGAGAUCGAUUAUUGGUAAGAAUUGUACUAUUGGUGAUCAUGUAAAAAUAAGUAAUUCAAUAAUUAUGAAAAAUGUGGUAAUAAAUUCUAAGUAUAUUGUCAUUAUUACAUAAAAAUAGUUGUAUUAUUUAACAUUGUAUUUUGUCAAAUGAAUCUGCUGUUGGAAGUGCAACAGAAUUAAAUAAAUGUUAUUUGGGGUGUCUGGCGUCUGUGGAGCCAAGCUAAAAAUUAUCGGAUGAAUGUAUAAUUAGAUGAUGUUG